AUGCGCUUCUAUCUUGUAUGGUUGCUUCUGACGGCCGUUUGUAUGGCAGACUCGUCGUAUAUAAACUGUUUUGCAAGCUUGCCGUCAAGUUUCUCGUUCAACAAUACUGCUCAGUGGCAGACCAGUUCGCUCUGUUAUGCUACAUGCAAGGCAACCAGCUCUAAGUACUUUGCAUUAAAAAACGGUGGAGAUUGCUACUGUGGUAACUCGAAUCCGAGUGACAGCGAGUCUACGAGUUCGAGUUGUACUACGGUAUGUAAUGGUUAUGGCGACCAGAUGUGUGGGGGAUCGGACGCGUUCUCGGUUUACGCCAUUGAAGAAAAUUUGGGAAAUAGCGCCAGUAGCUCGGCUGGCCCUAGCAGCUCGGGCGCGUCAUCAAGUUCGCCUAGCUCAUCAAAAUCCUCUUCCUCGUCGUCGUCCAGUUCACCUUCCUCCUCUGCAAGCGGAUCUAGCUCUUCACCCGCUUCCACGAGCACCACAUCCAGCUCGUCAAGCUCUACGACCUCUGCACCAACAUCAUCAUCACCAUCGUCAUCAUCAUCAUCAUCUGAUUCAAACAACAAUGUUGUAACCUCCACGCAGACCUCCGGAGGCUCAGUCAACCUUGUCACUCAAACGGUCACAGCGAGCUCUCCAGCAUCUACGGAGAGUCAAUCUAGUCAAAAUAAGUCUGAUAAAAAACCUAAAAACUUAGGGGCCAUUAUAGGAGGAGUUGUUGGGGGCGUUUGUGGUGCUGCGCUAAUAGCUGGGGCCAUACUGUUGGGACUGCGGCGUAUCAACAAGCAGCGAGAACAAGAACGUAUGGAGAAAGAGUACCAAGAGGCAAUCAAGCCUGUAGAUUUCGACGACACGUUAUACCAGUCGUCGGCAUCCACAAGGAAGGCUGCCAACCCCUUCGACGACACACGCAGAAUCAGCAUGGGGUCGGUGAUGGAGCAGCCGGGCGUCCCGGACCAAAAUGCUCUCAAAACGCUUACAGUAGCUAAUCCUGACGAGUGA